AUGGUCCGACACAAGAAGGAUUUUGGAAAAGGCAAGCGCGGUGGCGCUCACUCUGGUCCUCCUCGCUCACGGCGCACCAACGAAGAUGGCACGCCCGUCGUGGUCCCCUUCAAGGCAGCUUGCUGGGAUCUCGGCCACUGCGACCCGAAACGCUGCUCUGGCAAGAGGCUGAUGAAGCUGGGUCUCAUGCGGCCCCUUCACGUCGGCCAGCGACACAAGGGCGUCAUCAUCACUCCCAACGGCAAGACGACAAUCUCCCCUGCCGACAGAGAAAUCAUGGAUCGAUACGGCGCGGCGGUGGUGGAAUGUUCCUGGGCGCGGACGGGCGAGAUCGUGUGGAACAAGGUUGGUGGCAAGUGUGAGCGACUGCUGCCGUAUCUCGUGGCCGCCAAUUCCGUUAACUAUGGAAAGCCGUGGCGGCUGAACUGCGUGGAGGCAUUGGCAGCCGCGUUCUUCAUCUGUGGCCACCCCGAUUGGGCGGAACAGGUGCUGGAGCCAUUUUCCUACGGACAAUCCUUCUUGCAGAUCAACUCAAGUCUGUUGAAGCGAUACGCCGCCUGUACGGACGAAGCGGGCAUCAAGCAGACACAGCAAGAGUGGAUGGAGAGGUUGGAGCGGGAGUAUGCGGAGAGCAGAGAGGACGGAGGAGGUGAUAUGUGGACGAGUGGGAACACCAAUCAUCGAGAAGCCGUGUCGUCAGAUGAGGGUGGCAGCAGCGAUGAGCAAGAGGACGAGGACGAGGACGACGAAAGUGUGGACGGGAUAUACCUGGGCAAGAAACCCGCCAAACCAAAGCCUGAAGAGGAGGAGGAGGAGGAGGAAGACAGAGAUCCGUACGCGCUAUCAGAUGACAGCGACGACGAUGCCGCCAUGGAGGAGGUUCGCCGCAAGGUGCUUGCGUCCAAGACGUUUAGCAAUCCACAGCCAGACGACAAGAAGAAGCCAGAGACGAUGCCGCGGCAAGAGCAGCUCAGGCCGGACCACGGCGUCAAGCCAGACUCGGACAAUGAGGACAGCGACUCUAACGGCGAGGAUGACGAUGAUUUCGAUAACAUCAUCGACGCGACGCCAGUCACCGACAAGAUUGGGCUUGCCAAGCUGGACAAGGAGAGAGAAAGAGCGGCCAUUACGACUAAGACGUUCUCAUCGGGUAGUGUCGCGGCGCCCGGUAGGUGGUAA